AUGUCGCACCUUCUCGAAAAGCUUGACCUGGAACUGUGCCUUGUGUCCGAUCGUAUGCCUCUGGUCCUGUUCGGAGGAAUGGUUGAGGCCUCCUGCCCCGGAGACAUUGACCUAACUGGAUUGCUUGAUGUGCUCAACUCCUAUCUGUUUUCUUCCAAUUCGGAUGUUCUCGUUGAAUGUAUCGAGAUUCUAAACAUUUACAUCAAGAAGCGUCUGCUUAGUAGAGACGCCAAAGAGGCUACUGAAGAAGAAUCGGAUCUUUUGAGAACUGCUUGUCGUCGUUUAUUGCCACAUUGGGACUCAGACGACUCUCGAGUACUGGAAGUGGUUACUACCUAUUUUGGCAAUAUUUUCGGGCUUCGUUUUGCAACAAAUCGACUUCCAAAACCGUUUGCUGACUGGGUUUCUUCGGAUCUCAUUGGAAGUCAGAAAAGCGUCAAUGACUGGCUUGAGCGUGUACUUAAUCCGCUGGCCAACUUUCUGAUGCACGGUAUUCUCCCUUGUUCAGUCGAGAAACAGCUAAGGGGUCUAUCUGAAACAGAUGUUCACGCGGCUGCUAAGUUGCGGCUCGAUAACUUCAUUCUGCACUGCUGCAAGCCCCCUCUUGUGAACCUCCCACUCGGCGACCUUUACCAUGAGCUACAGAACUUGCCAUCGGCAGAAGACGUCCCUCUUGUGCAGGCUAUUGUCCACCAAUUAGUCCUCCUAUUGGAGAUGGCCAGCUCCUGUACAAGCUGCUUCACCGAAUAUCGCCUCAGAGUGUUCGUGGCUCUUCUUCCUCUCCUCCCUUUCAAUGUCGCCGUUCAAAUAAUCGAGGAACAUCCUAGCCUCAUAGAAGUGGCACUUCAACAUGGUAGUGAUCGGAUCCGGGCAGAGAUGUGUAAGGCCCUCGUGGAACUGGUUGUCAGAGCUCCGGUCGCGGAGGCGCCAAAGCCCACCUUUUAUCGCCGGGUUUUUGAGGGGGUCACGAGCCUUCUGUUGUCUGCCGACCCCACCGCUCGCAAUAUGGCGAGUCAUGCCUUCUAUGGGAUGGCUUUGCACGUUCGCAAUCGUUGCUCCACCUUUAGUGUCGAGGAGGCUGAUGCUUUGGUCAUAUCUCACUCUUCUGGGGUCAUUGGAUAUCCUUAUGUCAUGGAGCCAGUUUUUGGUACUACUGCGGUGUCUCAUCUGCAAGUUUUGGGUGACAUUUAUCAUUUCGCGGCUUCUAUAUGGUCACGAUAUGCUAUGAAUCCCGAUGUUUCAUCUGAAACACAUUCAUCCGAUUUGACGCCUUUUUUGAAAGAAUUAUUGUCACAACCCAUUCUUCCUCCCGGCAUGCCAUAUCAGCGACAAAAGAUGCUGGGAAUGCUAAUCAGUAAUAUGUUCAAGCUGUCCUUCACUGAGUUUGGUGAGCAGAAAAGUCUCAGGCGCUUCGGCCUCGAACCAUGCACAGCGAAAAAUCUACAACAAAUUCUGAGCCUCAUCAUCAAAAUUUCUGGCUUCCCUUCUCUCAACGAACGCCAUACAUGGAUGCAGAUGAUAGCGUCUUUACCGAAUGUGAACUCUGAGAUUCAGGCCAUUUUCUUGGAAAUCCUCACCACAUACUGGCUGCAGACGUCGCCUCCGGAGUGGCUAGCUUUGGAGGUGCGUUCUGACCUGCUUAGACUUGCCGAAACUUGGUCCGAUAUUCACCUGCCUGAGGUAUACUCUGCGGGUGCGACGCUCUUCCAGUGGAUGCUCACCUCUGUUACCGACCUAAAUGCCGCCAAUCGAUUGGCCUCAGACCUGUUGGCAAACAUUUUGGAUCUGUGCAGGAGUGUGACUGCUUUGGAGGAGGUUUCGUUUGAGACGGUGACUAGUCGAGUAGUGCAGCGAAUCUUGGAUAAACCGAGCUACGGUUUUUUGACAGCUAUUGACGGUGUUUUCUCCUGGUGCGGUAAAAGACCUGGUACCAGGGCUCAAUUCCCGCAAUCCAUACUUGAGAAUCCUCAAGACCUGACCGCUUCAGAUCGUUUGGGUGACCUUCUCAGUCCUCAAUUGGCUGAGUACUGCCUCCACCUCUCUAGCAUAUGUCUCGCAAUGAUUGGGUGUCCAUGCUCGCAUUCUUUCUUUGAGGAGCCCAGUCUCUCCCAUUUGAUUGCGGGCUGUGAAACAUCUUCCUUUGAAGCCCUUGGCCGAGCCGUCACUGGCCUUGCACUUCAAGCUCAGAAGAAAACGGCAUUUUUCGACGAUUCAGAAGGCUUCAUGGAUUCUACCGAUCUGCCAAUCGAGCUUUCUCCCGAGUAUCAACACAUCCUUUUGUGGGAUUGGACUAUUUUAAAGGUGACCUCAAGCAUCCUCGUUAAGUGGGUUUGCUUUCGUGUCUCGUUGGCUCUUCUUCGCGACGAACCACUCGAUGAGAUAUCACAGCAAUAUUUAUUAUUGAUAGGCAAACAGUUGAUUUACAUUCUCAUGACAUGUCGUCACAAGGGCAUAGUUGAAGCCGUACACCAAAGCCUACGGGAUUAUCUCACAAUCUCAGAAUACGUGAACCAGCGAGCUACACUGAAACGGCCUUUACUUGCACGUGAGCUUGGUAAAAAACUGAUACGACCGGAUCAGGUGAUUGGGGUCUGCAUGCUAGCUGUCAAGGAAGGCAAGUUUUCAGUAACUCGACGUGCAGCUGGACUGUGGCCAGCCGCCAAGGCGGCUCUCAUGGCCGAGUUGCUUGUCUCCCCGUCUGACCAGCUCCUUCUCCAGCGAUGGCUGUGUACCAUGUUUGAGCUCGGCAGCACACCAAGGGACACUGCGGAGUCAAUGAAUCCCACAAAACACGACCCACCGCAGGCAUUGGCGUUGCACCUCAUAAAGGGCGUCAUCGAGGACGCCCGAUUGGGGCCUGUGGCUUUUGCCUCACCCCCACCUCCUGGCAGUGACGAUUGGUUCACAGCUAUCGUCUGCCGACUGGCCCUGCCCAACUUCACAGCCGAAGAAUGGACCAUUGCCAACGCCUCCCUUCAGCUGUUUGGAGCGUUAGUGAAACGUCUAGUCGGUCCGCUGCACUCACGGCCGGCAACGACAGUGGCGGAGGUGUUUGGUCGCUAUCCUUCUUUGUUCAAAGCCUUUCUGAACACUUUUUCCGUGGAUCUCACUGGCAAGAGGCUGGCCCGCAGCGCCGCAGUCCCCCUUCUCAGUCUCCUUUCACGCCUUAGCCCUUCUCCUAAUGCGGCUUUUCCUGAAGGGAGUAAAAGGGAAAUGCGCGACUGCUUACGGCAGUAUUUGUCGCACCGAGUGGCGAAGAUCCGCCACCUGGCUGGCAAGGCGUUCGUCGCCUUUUUCACGCCUGCCGCCACACCCUAUGCGGACGCCGCCCUCCUUGCUGUUCCGGGAGGACUCGGGUGCAUCUUCCAAACAGCCUGUAGUGUGGAUGACCUCUUGUGCCGCACCUGUGUGAGCAACGUCGUCAGUGGUCAACUUUUUGCUCUCGAGGCCUGGCUUCGAGGCGCGUCCACCAGUGACGAAGCCUCCGAACGUGCAAAAUGCAUUAACUGGGUCGGUGCAAUAAAGUACAUCAACAAAUGGACCCGUCCUGGGUCAGAACACUGGUACUUAGCAGCGCAAAUGGCGAGAAUGUUGCGCUACGUUUUCAUGUACAUUCCUACCAUGGAAAAGUCUCAUUUUCACGCGGAAUUCCAUUAUCUCUGUACUGGCAAUCAGUGGAGAGAUUGCUCAGGUGAUUUGCUUUAUCAGUCUCUCUUUCCCGCAUUUCACUCGGCCUUUUACGAUCUCUACCGCACAAUUGACAAUUUUAAACGCCUACCUCUGGAAUCGCAUACCAUAUUUUCCAUGCGUCCGAACAACUGCAUGGAUGAAAAACUAUUAGUUCACCUCCUGGCGAACAUUAAAUGCGGGAUUCCUCCUGGUCUUGAUGAAAUUGUCUCUGGAAAGGCUCUCUCCUUCACCCUUCUGCGCCUUGCGUUAGAUGACUGCAUGAUAGUUCGCAAGAGCGAAGACUUGGUCAUUGGCUGCCUCAAAAAGCUGACUACUUGGCCUCUCACUGAGACACAGGAACUUUUGCUCCUUCCGGGCAUUCUUCUGGCUAUCGCUUCUCCGAUAACCCAUCUCGAUGAUGCGCAGGCACGCUCCAAAUAUACCGCCUGGUGGGUGGAGCACUUAGACCUUUGUCUUUCCGCAGCGCCGACGAAUGACUAUUCCAGAUUGAAGGCUUCACGGGCUCUUCUCGUGUGGUUCGAUUCCAGUAAUCGGGCUCCUGUUGAUGAUUUUUCUGACUCCCAAUUAGCUAGUAUUAUGCGUUUACUAUUUUGCGGACUUUUCGAUGAGUCCGCUGGUGUGCGCGAAGUGAUGGGUCGAGCAGUUGCUCGUAUCUUUGGCCUCCACCAUCCUGUCUGUCCGUUACGCGGAGCUAACCUCCUCCUCUCCGGCCUUCCAUCAUUCCUUCCAAGACCCGUCGAUUGGUUAGUUGAGUCUCUCCAGUCCCAACUUGACGCAAUCGUCGGCCGAGCUGAAACUCUGCACAAGUAUCGUGCAAUAAAUGUUUGCUAUGAACCGAAUGAAGUUAACCCGUACUUUGAUGUUCAACUCGUACUUAACCUUCUAUUUUCGGCUUUGAGGCACCACAAUGUGAACACAACGGUACUCCUGGAAAAGGUCUCGUCAACGCUUGAGAACCUCCGCAAGUACAUCACAGACGAAGGCAACCUGCGUUCUUCAGUCCUCAUUUUUAUCUCAGCCAGCCUUUACCAGGCCUCACUAGCCAAACACCUAGCCCUCUUACCAACUUUCUUUGCUUCAAAUGGAAAAGAAAAUAGCUUUGAAACUAACUCCUGUCCCAUCAUUGAUGAUCGCUCAAACUCUGCAUCACCUACAAGAAGGCAACCUCAUCCAUCUGGAAUGAACAGUUUUAGAGGUUUCGGACAAACAGCAGGUAAUGAGGAGCGCAUUCUUGAAUGGCCCCCACCCGAACCACGUCCAAUCUUUAUCCGCCCAAUUACCCCCCAGUUUGGAGUGAUGUUUGGUGGUCUGCCACGGCUUCCACUAAAUCAAGAUGUCUGGUUUUUCGGUCCCACAGCCAAUAUACAGCAGUUAAUUUUCGAGAGUGGACCUGAUAUGCUAGAGCUAGAUGACGAUAACUUAAAUGAAGAAACAUCCCCUCAAUUGUCACGAGAUGAAGGCGCUGGAUUGCACAGAACUACAAGCGACUCAUCAUUAAACACCGAUCCCCGAACUCUUGAAACAGACGGAGAAGUCCGAGAGGCAAGUCCGAGAGUUGAUAAUAUAGGUGAGCUUACUCGUUUGUUGAUGGCGUCGGCCAUCGAACCUCAGACUUCAGAGGCCCAGAUGCCCGCCGAGUCGGGUCAGUCUCUAGAAGAAGUCUACAUGGAACUGGCCCCAGGAAUAUCGGUUACGCCAUCAAACGAAGAUGUGCACAGCACCAUUCGAGUUCAGCAAGCCAAUUUAGAACCGCCUCCACGACCAAUAUUCUUUGUAAUUGUGGAUACUAAUGAAGGUGGACCCGCUGAUGAUGAGCAACAAGCCACACAGUUUCAUUUCGCGCUGAUGCAACUCUUGGCGCAAUUGGAAUCCACAUCAGACGAAGAACUUCCUUUGGAACGAUAG